GAGCCGAGGCGCGGCGCGGCGGGGCGGGGCGACUAACCCUAGGACUGAUCUUGGAGGCGAGGAAGCGGGAGACCAUGCCGCUACGUGUCGGCGCCGCGAUCCAGCGCUCCAGGGCGGCGGCCAAGGGGCGGCGGCAGGCGGCGGCGGCGGCGGCGGCGGCCAAGGAGCGGGGCCUGCCCUUCUUCCACAGGCAGGCGGCGGCGGCGGCGGGCAAGGGGUGUCAACUGCCCACGCCCAGGCUUCUCGUCCGACCGGAGUUCGGGAUACGCCUGGCUCUUAUCCGUUCACACAAGGGCGUGGAAGGGAGGUACGAGGUCCUGGCAGCGCAGCAUCGCCUGAUGAAGCUCGACGACUAUGGUAGAUUCAGACUGGUCCAGGCUUCCAAAUUUGUCGAGGCGAAACCCAACGACCCUACCUGGUUAUACUGUCAAAGGAUUAGAAGAUUUGAAGCCUGCCUCGACUUCAAGUUCUCACUUUUUUCCAUGGCUUCCUUCCCGCUCGUUUACUGGUGCUGUCACGACAAGGACAACAAGACAGUCGCUUAGUGAUUCAUCACCCGAGACCUAGUAUCAAAAACUUUGGACAAUGUGCGGACAGUGAUUUAUGUCUCAAAGUAUUGGACCUUAUGCCAGCUUAAUUAUGUUGUGAGCUGAGCACUAUCGUAGUCGUACCUGUUUUGUGCUAGCUAUUUCGACCUUAUGCCAGCUUAAUUAUGUGGUGAUCUCACGAUUUUGGGCAGUCCAACUAAUUCAUAUAUGA